GAGAAAAAGAGAAAGAAAGACUUGAAAGAGAAAAGGCCGAGAGAAUGAGAGCAGAAAAAGAAAGGAUGGAGAGAGAGAAGAUAGAGAGAGAAAAAACACAGAAGGAAGAAAGGGCCACUUCAACGCACCGGGCCAAUGGCCUCCACUCCCAGAUGUCGCCCCAGAAACAGCAACUCCUUGAGCAGCAGCGUACUUAUGAAGACAAACAACAGAAGACCAAAGGCAGCUCCUUGCCAACUGCAGAGGGAGCCAUUCUCAGCCAGUUCUCAGACAAGACAAGCGAUAAGAAAACCCUCAAAAGCAUCUACCAUCGGGUUACGACUGGAGAUGAUCUCUCUCCUGCGGUUCCGGAGCUGAGGCUGGUUCUGCUGGGCGGUUCCGGGUCGGGGAAGAGCGCUGCGGGGAACGCCAUCCUGGGCCGGAAGGAGUUUGAGUCGCGGGCGGACACAGGGGUCACCCAGACGUGUGAGAAGGGCCGGGUCAUCCUGGGCAACAAGCGGGUGGCGGUGGUGGACACCCCUGACUGGUUCCGCUCUGAGCGCACCCCGGAUGAGGUCCGCUCCCAGCUCUCGUCCUGCGUGGCCCUGUCCACCCCGGGGCCCCACGCCUUCCUCUUCUGCGUGCCGCUGCACCGGCCCUCGGACGCCGGCCAGCUGCAGGCCCUGGGAGCCCUGGAGGGCGUGUUCGGCGCCGGGGCCGUCUGGGGCCACACGCUGGUCCUCUUCACCCACGCCGACCGCCUGAAGGAGUGGUCAGGCGGGGUGGCCAGGGUGGAGGAGUACAUCGCCUCCAAGCGACCGGACCUCCUGAAGCUGGUGGAAAAGUGCGGUGACCGCUACCACAUCCUGGAGAGGCCAGGGAGUGAGGGUGGAGGAGGAGGAGGAGGAGGAGGAGGAGGAGAGGAGGUGGAGAGGAGGAGUGUGGAGGAGCUGCUGGAGAAGGUGGAGCAGACGGUGAGGGAGAGCGGAGAUGGUCACUACAGCUGCCCGCUCUACCAGGAGGCGGACAGCCGGGUCCGGGACCGCCAGGCGGAACUCCUGCAGGUCAGGAGGGAGAGGAGCAGGGAGCACCUGGUCACCCUGCAGGAGGAAGAGGAGGACGAGGCCGCGGAGGUGGAGAGAACAAGGGACGAGGCGGAGAAGAGCAUCCAGCUGGACUCGGUCCCCGUGCUCUCCCUCCCGCCUGCCCAGUCCAGCUCGUUCCUGCGCUCCGUCGGGGAGAAGGUGGCGGCCGGGGUGGUGGCCGGCGCGAGGAAGGUGCCGAAGGUGCUGGCCGGCGGGGCCUUGCUGGGAGGGGGGCUGGGGGUCUUCCUCGGGGGGCUCAUCGGAGGGGCGGUGGGGGUCACGGGAGGGGUCGCGCUCGCCGAGGUGGCCAGACGGAAGCUCAGCAGCAAACGGACAGAGAGUGACGGACAGAAAGUCGAUGAGAAGAAAGUCGUGAGCGCUCUUGAGGCUCAUGUGGAUUGACCAAUGACUGUAUAUAUGUGUAUAGUCAUUGGGAUUGACUGACUGUAUUGUUCCGUUGCAACCUGUCAUUUCCACUCUAUCUAAAAGAUUUUAGGUUGAUUUAAAAGUGUAUAUGCAUAGAUAUACUAUACAUUUUCUUAGAAGCACCUUACAGUUUAUAUAGGAAGGUACCUGAUAAUUCUCUCACAACUUCAAGUAAAAGUGAAAAGUACAUUUGCUUUAAUAUCAGAACAACUAGGUGUUGCACAUGAAUACCACAUACGACAAACAGACGUACAUUACAUAAACACAUACUGUAUCUUAACAAGACAUCACAUUGACUUGGCUUCCACAAACAUAACACAACAUAACAUUAAUAACAGAAA